GUCUUUCUAGCAUUACAGCGCAGAAAUAUUAUGAUCCAUCAGUGCAAGUCGUUUGAUUGGAACUAGAAUCUGGAGCAACCAUAGAAUUUGAACUGAAACAUAGAUACUGGAAGACGACACAGGCCACCUUGGAUACAUUUGCGCAUAGUAGAACAUUAAAAGCCAAAGGGUGUCAUCACGAUGUCGCAAGGAUUUGACUGGUUUUCGAUACCGGGAAUGAAUGCUGAUGCAGGCAAUACGGAAAGGUUUUCGCAUCCGUCGGUUUCCUUUGGGUUCUCUCCUACAUCAUCAAAUUCUUCAGUUCCUACUGCUCAAACACAACAACAAGUACAUUCUUCACCUUACAAGAAUCACAGUGCUCAUUUGAAUGCAUCAGCCGAUGCUUUAUUUGAGCCCGACAAGAUGUCCGACAUUUUCAACCGUUUGGAUAUCUCUGGAAUGGACCGGAGAGUGCAGAGCGACGAUAACAUUAGUUUGGGUUACACACCUAAAAACAUGGCAGGAACGGAAUCUGGAAGCAAGAGAGACCCACACCCACUUACAAAAAGCUCAGAGACCCUGGCUGCUGACGAUGACAACACAGUUGCGUUGUCCUUAACAGCGAACGAUCUCUCCAUUCAAGAAGCUAAAACGUACCUCAGGUGGUACAACAAUAUACUAUCCCGAAAGCAUGGCGAGAGAACCAUAACUUUGGAGGAUGUGUUCAAAUUUCUCUCCAACUUUCGCAUCUCGGAAGCCAUUAAAAGCAGACUGAGAGAGCUCUUUGGCAAAAUAGCAUACUCUCUCAAUAUCGGCCAAUUCUAUGCACUACUGAGAUUGUUGGCUCACACAUUAGAAGGCAAACCUCUUAAAAAGUCGCUAAUAAAGGAACAGGCAUCGAUUCCCAAGCCCAUUUCAAUCAUGGCUCGUAAAAGAGCUAAAGAUCCAAACGAAAGCAUCGACAACUCCGAAACAAACUCGAUAGACGAACAGUUGACAGACGUCACUUCCCAACCGCCCCAGAAACUGGACUUGGACUCGUUUACAAAAUUUAUUCUUACAGGAGAACGUCCUUCAGAGUCACCGAAGAACAAAAGCCGGUCGGGCAAGAAGGUCAAGUUCUCGGAUCAGGUGAUCAUAGAGCCCCCACCUUCUGACGACGUUUCUGUGUCCUCUGCAGAUAUGACUCCCGAGACAUCUGGCCUUGAUCUCUCCUUGCCAAUGGAUCAGCUGCUUGCUCGGAUGAAGAAUCAGGCUUCCUCUCUAAAUAUGCAGCAAUUACAACAACAAAGCACCGAGGAUGAGGAGGAAGAAUUGAAAGACAUGCAAGAGUCUAUCAAUCAUUUCCAGAAUGUGACUAUUGAUAGUGUGUCCAUUCAUGGUACACCAUCCAGUGUUCCUACUUUACAGGUGAAUGGUGGAUCCCCUGAGACAGGGACCCCACUGUUGCAGCCACUUGCUCCGAAUUUAACGGGAAGUGUGUCCAAAUCAAUGAGAAAUCACUACAAUCUGCCACCUCCAAGAGAACGGGGAAAUUCAUCUCCAUUACCGUUUAGCUCACAACCCAGGGUCUCGUCUCCGCUUACGCGCAAUGGAACCACAUCCGCAGACAGCGCCGCAACGUUUUUGGAAGCUGCUCUUUCCCCAGGAGCCAGCAGCCCUGGGCCAGACCAUUCACGCGCGACGCCUCCUCCACCGCCUCCUUCAAGAAACAGAGGCGGGUCGUUGCUCAAGCCUCCUCCACCUCCUCCGAGAUCGCGCAAAAAUUCAUCUCCGCCACCAAUACUUGCUCAUGAAGGUCCUACGCAAGAACAGCCGUACCUGCCGCCCAAGCCUUUUUUGACUGAUAUGCAGCGCAAACACCACGUGAGUGCUGAAAAUAUGACGCCAAACUUCACUGGAGGCUUUGGCCAAGGAUCUGAUCUUCUAAACAGUCUAAAGAGUCUGCAGGCGGAAGUUGAUCGGAUCAAGGCAAACGAGUACUAGACGCGCCGAUCGACGUAUUUUUUUCCAAUCACGACAAAAAAUUUUAAUCAUCAAUGCCACCGGUUCAGAACAUACAGUAUCAGCAACAGCAGCCUUCGAACUUUGACAAGUUCAAAAUGGGACUCAUGAUGGGUGUAGGUAUUGAGACAUAAAAGUCCUAACAUUUAGAGCACCGUUGGAGUCGUGACUGGCCUCAUGUUUGGUGGCUUGACUAUCUUAAGACAUGGAGCACCUAACGGAGUGAUGAACACGCUGGGCCAAUAUAUUCUCGGCUCAGCAGCUACCUUUGGACUAUUCAUGUCAAUUGGAUCUGUGAUCAGGUCGGAGAGCGCUUACGACGUCGCAGUGAGUCGGCCAGGGUCUCUAGCCGAGCUCAAGGCGCAUAUGAUGGCCAGACACCGAGUCAUCAUGGAACAAAACAAGAACAACUCUUCAUAGGAGAUCAUCAAAUCGAAUACAACUUGUGGAUAAUUACAGCGUAGCCCAGUGAAGGAAAUCCGGGAUGCUGUCUGUUUUGGAUUUCUCUUCUGAUCGUACGAUCUAUUAAAAAAAAUAAUUCACAGAUGCCUUUGCGGACGCUGGUCACACUCAUCAUCUGUAGGCUCUUCAAGUCUUUGCACACAAACAUGCAAAUACUUCUGUAGGAACAAUAGCAAACGAAGCACGAUGGGUUUUAUUCCAAGUUCCAAAUGUCCUGAAGACCUUCAU